AUGUUAACCACAGCUACGAUCCUCGUCCCCUUUUUGCUUGGUGGAUUCCAAGUCGUGAAGGCGGCACCGAAGCAGGUUAUUCAGUUAAGUCCGCAGGAGGGGCUGGAGAUUGUGUGCAAUGCGGGGAGGUCUACGACGGUGACGGUUACGAGGACGGUGGAGGUUGCGAGGACGGUUUCGGUGAUGGUUACCACGGGUGCACCGCAGGCUUCGGUUGGGGUGGUACGGAGUAGCUCCGGCUUGAGGGUGGUGUCGAGUAGUUCGAGGACUGGGACGGUGCCGUCGAGUACUGCUGGGUCUGUUGUUGGGGGUGGGGGUGGGAAUGGGACGGCCCUUAGGAAUGCGGUUUAUUUUACGAAUUGGAUCACGCAUGUGCUGUAUUCGUUUGCGGAUAUUGCUUCUAAUGGGGAGGUAUUCUCCUCAGACACCUACUCCGACCUCGAAAAGCGCUACCCGACCGACUCCUGGAACGACCAAGGCAACAACGCCUACGGCUGCGUCAAGCAGAUGUACCUCCUCAAGAAGAAGCACCGCCAGCUCAAGGUGCUGCUUUCCAUCGGCGGGUGGACGUACUCGCCCAAAUUCGCCCCCGUGGCUGCCACCGCCGCUGGCCGCAAAAGGUUUUGCUCUUCGGCGGUGAAGCUGGUCCAAGACUGGGGGUUUGACGGGUUGGAUAUCGACUGGGAGUAUCCCGCCUCUGCGACCGAAGCCGCUGAUUUUGUUUCGCUGCUGAAAGAGUGCAGAGAGGCCUUGGAUGAGUACUCUGCCAAGCACGCAAAGGGGUAUCACAUGCCUAUUACUAUUGCUUGUCCGGCGGGUCCGACGCAUUAUGGCCAGAUGGAUAUCCCACGGAUGGAUAAGUAUAUUGACGCGUGGCAUCUUAUGGCGUAUGACUAUGCCGGGUCGUGGGAUAGUGUCUCGGGGCAUCAGAGCAAUGUUUUCCUUAGCACGACUAACCCGAACUCUACAAAAUUCUCGACGGAGAAGGCGGUGAAUGAUUAUGUGGCCAAGGGGGUCGCGCCAGGGAAGAUUGUGCUGGGACUGCCGCUUUAUGGGAGGGGGUUUGAGGCUACGAGUGGGCCGGGGAGGCCGUAUAAUGGAAUUGGCGAGGGGUCGGCGCAGGCGGGGAUUUGGAAUUAUAAGGAUUUGCCUAGGCCGGGGGCGAAAGAGUUUUGGGAUGAGCAGGCGGUUGCGGCGUGGAGUUUUGAUGAGAGGAAGCAGGAGUUUAUUAGUUAUGAUACGGUUAGGAGUGCGGUGGAGAAGGUGAAGUAUUUGAAGGGGAAGGGGUUGGGGGGGACGGUGUUUUGGGAGGCGGCGGGGGAUAAGGUGAGGGAGGAGGAGAGUUUGGUGAGGACGGUGGUGAGGGAGUUUGGGGGGACGAAUAAGUUGGCGGGGGCUUUGAACCUGUUGAGUUAUCCAGUUAGUGAGUACGAUAAUAUUAGGGCGGGAAUGCCUUGA